CAAGCAAAAUAAACAAACAUGCGACGCCUGUCACUGUGUGACGUUGUGGUGCUACGAUGUGAUUAAUUGAAAAUACUGGAUCGUUUAGGCUGUAUUUGAUCAUUUCACGCAAUCAGCCACGGUGUAUCGCACACUUAACUUCAUACUCUACGUGUUAACAGUUGAAUCUCCGCUCUGUGAUGAGCUGUGCGUGUGGCAAUGGAUAGUGAUCUGAGCCCACAGGACAAGAAAGACUUGGAUAAAUUCAUCAAAUUCUUUGCCUUGAAGACAGUGCAAGUUAUAGUUCAAGCCCGGCUUGGAGAGAAGAUCAACACUUGCUCCUCUUCAUCACCGACAGGUUCAGACUGGUUUAAUCUGGCAAUAAAAGACAUCCCAGAGGUGACUCAUGAAGCAAAAAAAGCUCUUGCUGGACAGCUGCCUGGCAUCGGCCGAUCCAUGUGUGUGGAGAUCUCCCUCAAAACCUCAGAGGGAGACUCCAUGGAGCUGGAGACGUGGUGUUUGGAAAUGAAUGAAAAGUGUGAUAAGGACAUUAAAGUAUCCUAUACAGUUUAUAAUCGGCUGUCUCUGCUGCUCAAGUCUUUGCUGGCCAUCACAAGGGUGACACCUGCUUACAAGCUUUCACGUAAACAAGGGCAUGAUUAUGUCAUACUCUACAGGAUCUAUUUUGGAGACGUCCAGCUGACGGGUCUCGGGGAAGGGUUCCAGACAGUGCGAGUGGGUAUUGUAGGCACUCCCAUAGGCACCAUCACUUUGUCCUGUGCAUAUCGCACUAAUUUGGCCCUCAUGUCUUCAAGGCAAUUUGAGAGGACAGGCCCUAUCAUGGGUAUCAUCAUUGAUCAUUAUGUGGAGCGUCCCUUCACUAAUAUGGCACACAUGCAUCCCUGCAGUUACAGAGCACCUGGAGAAGAUGAGGGAGGGACUUAUGCAGGAAUAGAAGACUCUCAGGAGGUGUGCACCACGUCCUUUUCCACCUCCCCACCAUCGCAGUGUGUGUGUACAGUAAGUCAGGCACAUUUUAAGACACCUAAGGCGACUCUGAUGGCCACACUGAAGGUUCCCCUCAUGGGGCUUGGCAUCUCACAGCAACUGUACAGCUCUCGUCUGUCAUAUCAGACUCCUGCCCUGGGAACUGUGGAUUUGUGUCAUCCUACGGCUUGUACUGCUGCUGCACAUCCUCACCAGAUGGUUGUGCCUGGCAAAGAAGGUGGAGUCCCACAGGUGCCGGCUCAACCUACUCAUGGCACUGCAGCUGAGCAUGGUCGUAUCCCUUCAUGCCCCACUGGACAAUCCCCUCAGCUGGCACCGCCCACAUCCUGUAGUAGCGAGGUGAAGACUGUGUCCCCCUCUGAUGCGCUAGAGACCACCUUCACCAGGAAAGUUGGAGCUUUUGUCAACAAAGCCACCACUCAGGUGACAACAACCAGUUUGGAUCUUCCUUUUGCUGCAUUCGCUCCAAGAGCCUAUGACCUGCAGGAGAACGACCCAAUGGUGCACCCUCCUCCGUCCCCGGCUCCUUCAUCUCCUUUGCAAGGCAGCCUGCACUCAAACACCUCGAGCCACAGCGGGGGGCAGCCACAAGACGACUUUGUCAUGGUUGACUUUAAACCAGCAUUCUCUAAGGAUGACCUUCUGCCAAUGGAUCUGGGAACUUUCUAUAAAGAGUUUCAAAACCCUCCUCAACUUGCAAGCCUGUCCAUCGAUGUCAGCGUUCAGUCUAUGGCUGAGGAUUUGGACUCUCUUCCAGAGAAACUGGCCAUUUAUGAGAAGAACAUUGACGAGUUUGAUGCGUUUGUGGACACGCUACAAUAAAACAGAACAGAGAUUGCAUCCUUCACAACUUCUUUACUCUUCUUGCUUCCUUCACUGAAGCAUCCCUCAUUGGAUGUCUACAUUAACCAUGUUUUGUGUCAGUUUUUCCUUGUGCACUAAGCUAUGAAGAGAAUCAUCAUUCAAGAAAAAAAGUGAACUGAGGUAUAAGGAGAGCAGCAUCUGUUACAGGAACAGAGCAACAUUAAAUUUCCAACCCUUGUAUUUAUUAAAAUAGCAGAACUGUGUAAGUAAAGCUCACUGUAAUGAAUGUAUAAACCUGUACCAGCCUUUAUUUUUGUUUUGCCCAUCACAACACCACAUGCAGUUCACUGACUAGUCACUGAAGCAGAUUUCUCUCAUUGUACUGCUGGCACCAUCUGAAUUCUCUUGCCAUUUUUAUUUAAGGGAAAAUGUAAAAUAUCUGAGAAUAUGUCCAGUUUUUACUUUAUAGGCUUAAACAUGAACGACACUACAAGUGAACACUGACAAUAGUGAAUUGUGAGUCUGUCUGCUUACCUGCUUCCUGUAAAUGCAUUUUACCAUUACUUUUCAUCUUUUUUUUUUUUUUUUUUUAAGUUUAUCAUUACUACUCGUCAGGUCUUUAAUCGGUGAGGAAUGCUUUUUUUUAAAGCUUAUGUUGGCAAGUCAUUAGGAGCUGGACCUUUUAUUAUUUUAAGUGGCUUCUUUCUCUCCUCACUUUGUUAAU